AUGGUGUCGCUCGACGAGUCUGUGGAGAUGCGAAAGACUGCGGAAGGGGGCCCUGCACGGCCAAUGGCUGCAGAUCGUCAAGAACACGGAGAAGCCGCUCGUUCGGCCAGGUCGCCGUUGCCCCAAUCCUCGGAUGAUCGCAUUGUCGAUUUGGAUCCUGCGCUUGUCUCGUCCGGUCACGAGACAUCAUCUCUAGAGCGCUCGGCUCAUCCAGCCCGCACGACCGCCAGCGAAGCAAGUCCUGCGCUGAUGCAUUAUGCUCUUUCUGGCAGUGUACCGAUUGCUUCGAGCAAUGGCAAGAGACGACAUAGUCAGGUCGAUGCAGAGACCACCUAUGCAGACUACAACGACAACGCUCUGAACGUGAGCGAAAGCGCCAGCGCAAGCACGAGCAGCUCGCACAAGCGAAGUCUAUCCGCCAAGCCACCCCUGCCUCGCGGUAGCGCUUGUCUGACCUGCCGCAAACGCAAGCUCAGAUGCGACGGUGCGAGGCCCAAGUGUGCGACAUGUGCCAGGCUACAGCAUCCGUGCGGCUACGAUGACGCAAAUGUGGCAGAAGGCCUCGAUGCAUAUACACGCUCGCUCGAGGAAAAGGUCAAUCGACUGACAGAAGAGCUUAAUCGUGCGCACAACGCAGGCUCCGCACCGCCCUCACCUUUUGCCUCUGUGAAUGGUGGCAUGGUGCUCGAUCCUGUGCCAACCGUGCAUCAUCCCAACAGUCUCAAGAUCUCAGACUCGCAUUAUUCGCGAGCCAUCACGCGGAGUAAUCAGUCAGAGACUGCUUACCCGACCAUAGCCGCCUAUCCUCGCGAUGACGAGCGGAUGCGCAUCUCUACUUCCAAAGCAUCAAGUCCAUCACGGCAUCAGCAAGAAUCAUAUACACGCGGUUCUGGCUUGCCGUCAGGCUAUACACAAUCGGACACGACGCCUUCUGCUAACAGCCUCCAUUCGCCAGAAGCGAUGCGCACCUUUGACACCCCCAAGAAUGAAGACAUGCCGCCCAGCCCUAUGACCAACCCACUGUGGAAGCCUGGCUUGACCUGGCUCUACAGCCUACCAGCUGCAAAGCAACGGCUGGGCAACUUUCCGCUGCAUACCUCUGAACGAUUCCCGGCAUCAGGAGGAGAAUCUAGCGCUUCGUCAUUCGGCACAGAUCUGCCGGAUGAGACGACGUUUUCUGAGCUCAUCUACAUCUAUUUUGAAACCGUGCAUAAGAUCUUGCCAUUCUUGCACGAGACUCGCUUCAAAGUCGCCCUGCGAGCAUGGGACCAAGCGGAGCGCCCGUCGGCAGCGCUCAUAUACGCCAUCAUGGCUGUCGCGAGUCCGUAUCACGACAGCGAGCAUGUCAGAGACAUGUCUUCGUUCUAUCAUAGACGCUUUCGCCAGUACCUCGAACGGUUCGCUGGCGCCGGUCUAGCCGAACGCGAUCUCGUCAACAGCUCUUCGCCAAGGCAUCGUCAAAGGUUGGAUGUUGAAGUCAUACAGGCCAGCUGCAUUGCUAGUAUAAUCGAGUUCGGUAAUAAACAGCACCAGAGCGCAUACAUCACUACAGGCAUUGCUACCCGCUUGGCCUCGAUGAUCGGAUUACAUAAGAUGGACGAGGAAGAGAUAUCUUCGCGCAGUAUAGACCGCCAUGGCGGCGAUCAGCCGGUCAAGGAGCGUCGACAAUCACUCCUUCGCUCGCCAGCAGUCGGAGAACUGCCCACAGACGCCGUCAUGCGAGAAGAAUGCCGCAGGACAAUGUGGACGCUCCUCAUACUCGAUAGAUGGACAUCCGCCUGCGCCGCUUGGCCGGCAGCGCUAGACGAGAACCUCCUCAGACUGCUGCUACCGUGUCCUGAGCAGCUUUACGUCGAUCUAUCUUGCAACGUCGAACACAACGUCGAAAUUUGGCCGCACGAAGACCAGCCCGAUUGCGAGCUGUCCGACUUUGCCGUGCUUAGCAGAGUUUGCCUUAUGGGUAGUCGAAUAGCUGCGCAUAAAUACCGGAGCCCAGGUCCUCGCCCAGGUGGCCCUCUGACAUCCGAGCUGGUCAGCGAGCAUAGUAUCUCCCUUUUCGAUGGUGCUCUGCUCGAAGAAGAGCAACGCAUACUCGCUAUACCGAAACCAAAAUACGCUAUCGAUCGCGCGCUCGCGCUCAUCACGAUCCACGGAGUAGCACUCACCCUCCACGCACCUUCGCUCGUUCACACACAAGAACGCCACGGAAUCGAACCGGUUGCGUCUCGAGAGUAUAGCCUGCGGCGCUGCCUGUACAGCCUAUCAGGUAUCUGGCAGAUCGUCACAGAUCUACUCGAAGCGGAAAACCUGCCCAUCCCGGCAGCCUUACGCUUGCCACCCUAUUUGUCCAUGAUCUUCACGAUUGCGAUCCUAUUCUUGCAAGAUCGUUGGUCAGAUGUCUCCAUCUGUACAAUCGGUGCCAGCGUAAGCUCGCCCCUGCCAGAAGACAAUUUGCUCGACAUCCAUAUACCCUGGGCGGCGAUGAACAUGCCCGCCUUCGCAACGCAAGACGGUCGCGAGCGCGUCAUCGAGGAUCUCAGUCAGAUCAUGCUCACCAUGGGUCAUCGGUGGCCCAUCGCAGAAUCAGUUCGAUCUCAGUGCUGCAAGUGA